AUGAGAGCAUGGCUAAUCGAGAACUUCGCCGUCCUGUCUUUAGGCCAAGAAAUCAUCUCAUUCGAUAGUUUCAACAGCGCCUACGUGGAAUAUCUCGAAGCAGUGAGAGUAGUCGAAUGUACGGGUCUGAUCAAGGAAGGCGGAGGGUACCAUCUGUCCGAGGUGAAUCUCGAUGUCCAGGCAUACCAGCUUCAACCCUCAUGCCUCGAGUCGUCGUCCCAAACGCAGGGAGCCACAGACCCGGCAUCGGACGAGGAGGCACUCCAGGCCCGCAUCAUUUCCUUGCCAAACGAAGAACUGGACGGGCUCUGGGAAUCUUUAUGGCAAGUGUGGGAUAUCGACCCGUGGUGUCUCCGAGCACUGGCGCAAAAACUAGCCAUCCGCCUGGGAAAACAGUUUCCACAAAGCAAGCUUGUGGAAAUCAAUGCAAUCUCGCUGAGCAGCAAGUACUUCAGCGAGAGCGGCAAGCUCGUCGCAAAGAUGUUCGAAAAUGUUGAGACGCUUCUCAAGGAGGAGCCAGAAACCCUGAUGUGCGUUUUCAUCGAUGAAGUAGAGACGAUAACGGCCAACAGGGAGCAAUCUCUCAAGGGAAACGACCCGCCAGACGCCAUGCGCGCCGUAAAUUCCCUGCUUACCGCACUAGAUCGGCUGAGGCAGCAUCCGAACGUCCUCGUGCUCUGUACCAGCAAUCUCAUCAACGCCCUGGACUCUGCGUUUUUAGACCGAGUGGACAUCAAGCAAUUCGUCCCGUUGCCGUCCGUGAGAGGGGUAUACGAGAUAUUCCGGAGCUGUCUGGAGAACCUCAGUCAAUGCGGGUUGAUCGAAGGGGCAACCUUCGAGGUAGUGCAGCGCGAUACAGGGAGUCCAGGCCCGGGUUUGGAGUACAUGACUCGACCAGCGGAGGCUCUGGGCAUCCCGAGGUACGAGAUGGCUCUGUGGUACCGCCUGUUCUCGCGAUCGAUCCCAAAGCGCCUUGAGAACAUUGCAGAGGCUAGCGUGGGGCUGAGUGGCCGUACGCUGAGAAGAAUCCCAGCCCUGUCGUUGGUCCUGUACACCACGGGUGCGUGCUGCAGCGUCGACGAGGCCGUGGAUGCGCUGGAGCAGGGAGUCGAGGAGGAGCUGCGGAUCCGGCAAGCGGCGCAGGAAGGGCAGCAGACGGCAGAGCGUCGUGGAAUGUAG